CAGCGUUUGUAUCCCAUCAGUGGAGUACUAUAUGUGCUGCAGCGAUUCCACCACCAGUUCAUUUGCCCCAGAGAACCCCAUUACACUAGCACACAUACAAACACCAACCUGUCCUGCCCCUCGAACCGAAUAAUGGCUAUCGAAACCGAAGAGCUCAACGCAUCUCAUGACCAACAUCCCCCAUGCCAGUUUCCGUGCCUGGGAGAAAGGCAGCUGGAGCAUGAUUACAGCCAUGAAAAACUGGAAAUUCCGAUGGGAAUACUCCUACAGGAGGCAUGCAAGCGAUAUCAUACCACCAUUGAGUUGGCGGUUGCGGCCGUUUGGGCAAUUACUUUGACGCAAUUUACAGCGGAAGACGGAGCGGGAUUCUUAAUCAUUCACCCUGUUGCAGAUGACAAUGUCGGAAAACGAUCGCUAGUGGAGUAUGUCCAUGAGGCAUAUAGUACUUCGAUAACCGGCGAAAUGCUUAUUGGGGAGUUGAUGAAACCUUCGGCUUGGAGACAAUCUCCGUAUAUACCUGGAACACAUUUGUUCAACACCUCAGUGCGAAUCGAAAAUGCAGAAAUGGACAACGACUUCAUGGAAUCCAAGCAGAUCAAAAAGCCAUUGCAAAUCAGUCUCACGCUGCGUAAUCUGGGAAGAGCGCCGACUUUGUCAUUGCGAUUUAAUCCUCAAUACCUUCCUCGGGCAUUCGCGACGGUCCUGGCUAGCUCUCUCCACCAGUGCUCGCAGGAGAUUAUGAGCCAUUGCCAUGCUCGUGUGGGUGAGAUAAAUCUAUUCAGCGUAAUGCAGCAACAGAUUGUGUCGCAGUGGCAACGGGUCCCAUGCGUGCCAAACUCGUUCAAUUUUAUGUUUGAAGCUAUCUUCAAUCACGCCAAGGAACGCCCGUCUGCAGUUGCUGUAGAUGCGUGGGAUGGGCGAUGGUCAUACCGCGAGCUGGACGCCGCGUCCUCCCGGUUGGCAGGUCACCUCCAAGGCAGAGGCAUAAGGCCAGGGACCUUUGUCCCCAUCUGCUUUGACAAGACGUGUUGGGCAGUUGUCGCCAUGCUCGCCAUUAACAAGGCAGGAGCAGCUUUUGUUGCACUCGACCCUUCCUACCCGGUCGAGCGACGAGAGAGGAUAAUCCGAAAAGUUGGUGCCACUUUGGUAUUAACAACAGAACAACACGUUAACCUCUUCACUUCUUCUGUUGAUCUGGAUCUUUUAUGUGUCUCUGCCGCCACAAUAGCCAGUUCGUCCGGUGCAGCAUACAUGCAGCCUGCCAAUAAUGAUACACCAGCGUAUGUACUUUUUACAUCUGGUAGUACGGGAGAGCCCAAGGGAUGCGAAGUGUCCCACAAGGCAUUUGCAAGUUUGGUAAACCAGACUGAUGCCUUAUGUCUCAAUCCUGAGUCACGAACUCUACAGUUUGCCUCAUAUUCGUUCGGGAUGUCAAUAAUUGAGAUCUUUUGCACCCUAGUCGUCGGUGGGACUGUCUGCAUCCCUUCAGCAGACCGACGACUGAAUAGCCUAGGGCCGACCAUGACAUCUAUGAGGGUCAAUUGGGCAGUUUUGACCCCAACAGUUCUGGCUUCACUCAGACCCAACGAACUCCCACACCUCCGUUUUGUGCUCCUGGGGGGGGAGCCGAUGAAUGAAUCUCAGGUGCACCAAUGGACUGGCAAGGUAGAUAUGCGCUACGGAUACGGCCUGACAGAGUGGAGCGGAACCCUAACUGUUUCCGACCGGAUCACCGUGGGGCCCUCGAGUCAGCCAACGAUAGGAAGACCGAUCAACGCCCACGCCUGGCUGGUGAAUCCCACGAACCCCGACCAGCUAGUUCCGAUUGGUGCACCUGGUGAGCUUAUCAUCAAAGGUCCUUCCCUUGCCCAUGGAUACCUAUACGACCCAGUCAGGACAGAAAAGUCCUUCUUGCUGGGACUAUCAUGGUUGUCGGAGUGGAACACACAACCUGGCCAGCUAUACCGGACGGGGGACAUUAUGCGUUAUCGCGAAGAUGGAUCACUCGUUUACCUCUACCGCAAGGAUAACCAGAUCAAAAUUAGAGGCUUGCGGGUCGAGCUGGGCGAUAUCGAGUCGCAUCUCACGGAACUAGUGGAAGGUGCCAAACGGGUGCCAGUAGUAGCAUGCAGACCACAGGAUAGCUCUGACUUGCAAGUGCUGGCUGCACUGAUUCUCCUUCCCCAAUGUGACCAACUUCAUCCGGUUCCCCUAGUUAAGGGAGCCGAAGACUUCAUGUGCGUGCAGCUGCCCCCGGGGGGUGUGGAAGAGUUGCAGCAUGCGCAGAACAGUCUCCGAAAACGGCUGCCAGAAUACAUGAUUCCGCAAUUCCUCCUGCCCAUGGUGGCCCUACCGACCACAGCCACUGGAAAGAUCAAUCGCCGGCGUAUCGGGACACUUCUUGAUCAACUGACAAUACAGGAACUGAAACUCGCAGCUGGCAUGCAGGUUGGAAAUCGGCAGCCGGCCAACGAGAACGAGAGGCUAGUUCAGAAAUUGACUUGCGAAAUCCUAGGCAUUACAUCCGCAAGCAUGGAAGACAACUUCUUCCACCUUGCAGGAGACUCGGUGUCAGCGAUGAAGUUGGCGGGUUUGGCGCGUCAUCAUAAUUUCAAGCUGACGGUGAAAGACGUCUUUGAAGCCCCGGUGCUUACAGACCUCGCAACGCGCCUCGUACCUAUGACGGAAUCAACGGUCCUAAGGGACCCAUUCGGUCUACUGCCCAAUACGCUGCGAUCUGACAUCAUAACUGAGACAGCCGACCAGGCACAACUGAAUCGCGGUCAAAUAACCGAUGCCUACCCUUGCUCGCCGCUGCAAGAAGGACUUUGUGCACUCUCGAUGAAAGACCCGAGUUCAUAUAAAGCCCGCGUCGUCUGCCGUCUGCGGCCGGAUACAAACGUCAAGCUUUUCCAGGCAGCCUGGGAACAAACCUUUCAGGCUAAUGAUAUUCUGCGUACGCGCUUCAUUGCAUCAUCCAAACACGGUACUAUUCAGGCUGUCGUAGAAGAGCAAUUUGAAUGGGACCAGGCGGACGAUCUUGGCAGUUAUAUACUGGCUAUUGAGCAGGAACCCAUGGGGCUGGGGAAGAAGCUUGUCCGCGCAUGCCUUCUGAAGGAUCACACUUGCGCUGAAAUGGGCCCAACCUUUGUGCUGACCUUACACCACGGUCUGUGCGACAGAUGGUCCACCCGCCAGUUGCUCGAACAGAUCGACCAGCGGGUCGGUGCGGCCCGAGAAGCCAUCAGCCACGAAAGAAUUGCGUUCUGGCCAUUCAUCAAGCACAUAUCGGGGAUCAAUCCCCAUUCUGCAGAAUACUGGAUCAAGCAAUUUGAGGGGAUUGAGGCAGUCACCUUCCCAGAAUUGCCGGCACCGGAUUUUACGCCAGUCGCUAACCACGCCAUUGACUAUGCUAUCAACUUGCCGACCCGUGUACUUCGCGAGAUCACAAUCGCGAGCCACAUACGUCUGGCCUGGGCCAUCAUAAUCGCCAGCAAUACGAGUUUGGAGGACGUGGUGUACGGUGCUACGGUGAAUGGCCGCGGAGCGCAGGUCAACGGUAUAGAGACGCUAACAGGACCAACUAUUGCCACGGUGCCUAUUCGGACCAGGUUGGAACCAGGUGCGACGGUGGCUGAUAACCUGGCCAAUAUUCAAUUGCAGUCCAUUGAAAUGUUACCAUGGGAGCAAGCUGGGCUUCAGAAUAUUCAAAAGUAUAGCCCGGAGGCAGAGGUAGCUUGCUCAUUCCAGAGCCAUUUGACCAUUCAACCAGCCUGGGGAAGACAUCCUACCGUGUUUGCCAGCUGUAAAGAAGGCGCUGCGGUCUCAGGCGGGUUUGCCUCUUACGCUCUCAACAUUGAAUGCUAUCUGAAUGACGACGAAAGUCAAAUGGAGGCCAAGGUGGCUUUUGAUGCAAGGGUUAUUCACUCUGAUCGGGUGCACCGUCUGCUCGAGCAUCUACAGGUCAUUCUUACUGAAGUCAUCUCGCGGCCGCAAGAAAAACUCUCAUCUAUAAGUCAUAUCAGCCCGUCGGACAUGGCUUGGCUGGUGGAACAGAAUAAGAGGGUCCCUGAAAGGCCCAGGGAUCUAGUCCACGAGGUCGUCCGAGCAAAUUCGCACAAAUCACCAGAAAGACCAGCUGUUUCCUCUUUCGAUGGAGAAUUGACUUUUGCGGAGCUGGAACGCCACGCCACACAGCUGGCAAGCGAAUUGGUUUUACAGGGAGUUGGACCUGGGAUGUUACUUCCCGUCCUGUUUGAAAAGAGCCGCUGGGUGAUCGUGGCAAUGCUGGCCGUUUUAAAGGUCGGCUGUGCUAUCGUCCCCUUGGAUUCCUCCUACGCCGUCGAGCGGAUCCGCGCGAUCUGCACACAGGUUGAGUCUCCGCUUGUCCUAUGCUCGGACCAGAUGGUACGCACCGUGGAAGAACUCCAGCUGAACGCUGUUGUUGUGGCGGCCACUAGCAAUUGCUUUAAGCGGCCAACCAGCGAAAUAUCUCUCCCCACCAUAGAAAUUGACAGCAACGCUGCAUUCUAUAUGAUCUUCACGUCAGGGUCCACUGGGGCACCCAAGGGCCUGAUCAUCAACCACGGUGCCUUCUGCGCGUCCGCGAGAUCAUAUAUCCCCGAACUCCAACUAGACAACACAUCAAGGGUUCUACAAUUCUGCUCGUUUGCCUUUGACAUUUGCUUUCUGGAGAUCUUCGCUACUCUACUCGCCGGCGCCUGUAUAUGUGUUCCAUCGGAGGACCAGCGAACGAAUGAUAUUCACCAUGCGAUGCGAGAACGGAAGGUUUCCCAUGCGAUUAUCACCCCCUCAUACGCCCGAGUGAUUCGAGCCGAAGAAGUACCGUCACUCCGAACUGUUAUGCUAGCAGGAGAAGCCCUGCUUUCAUCCGACGUCGAGUACUGGGCCCCGCGUGUUCGACUCCUCAACGGAUAUGGCCCGGCAGAAUGCUCACCUCUGUCUGCAGUCCAAUAUAAUAAUGGAAAUCCGCGUUUGCACCCUCAGGAUAUUGGAUUUCCGCAGGGGUGUGUUGCCUGGAUUUCCGAUCCACGUGACUAUAAUAUUCUGAAGCCUAUCGGUGCAACAGGGGAGCUGAUUAUUGAGGGGCCAAAUGUCGGACUUGGGUAUUUUAAGAACUCAUCAGAGACGGAGUCCGCGUUUAUCCAACCUCGGUGGCUGCAGGCUCAUCGCGGUUCUUCCUGUCGAGCCUACAGGACUGGGGACCUGGUUUGUUAUACCCACGAUGGCCGUCUGCGAUAUAUGGGUAGAAUGGGCCAGCAGGUGAAGCUCCGUGGUCAGCGGCUCGAUCCCUCCCACGUCGAGCACCAGCUCCUGCAAUCCUUUUCCGGCUCUGCUGAGGUAGCGGUAGUUGUGGCAAGCCCAAGUGAUGCCCGAGACAGGCCUACAUUGGCCGGCUUCGUGUUACUGGAGAGCGAAGCAAAUCCACAGCGUAAGGAUAGAUUAUGCGGCUUGCCAACGGAAGAUUUUAGUCACCGUGCCUCCACCGCACGCUCUAAUCUGCACCAGACACUGCCGGCAUAUAUGGUACCUGCUCUGAUGAUUCCGGUGCUUUUCAUGCCCCGGACAGCCUCUGGAAAGCUGGAUCGACGAGCGUUACAAAGAGAGAUCACCCAGAGAAAAUGGACCGAAUUGAGCAUGUAUGAGAGCUUGGACGAAAAUGCUCCCAACCGCGCUCCGCUCGAUACCGAGCAAAAACUGCAGUACGUCUGGGCAACGGUGCUAGGUCUGUCUACUGAGGAUGUCCGCCUGAACCAGAGCUUCUUCGCCCUUGGGGGAGAUUCUAUCACUGCGAUGCUUGUGGUGGCGCAGGCACGGAGCAGGCAGGUUGGGUUAAAUAUAGCGGUUGAGGACAUUUUCCGCCAUCGCACGAUUGAGAAUAUCGUCGCCCACGCAGCACAGGGCGCCACCAAGCAACGGGAACUCGUCUGUCACGAUUCCUUGGACACACCGUUUGAUCUUACUCCAAUACAACGGCUCUUUUUCGACGUGAACCGCAAUCAGGGACCCAACCGGUUCAACCAUAAUCUGCUGGUGCGUCUUAAGCAGCGCAUCUCCUUCGACCAGCUGAAGUUCGCGAUAAAGACCAUCGUCCAGGCACAUCCGAUGCUUCGCGCUCGCUUUGUGCCCGGGUCUGGAAAUGGGCACUGGAAGCAACAAAUUCCGACCACAGUGGAAGGGUCAUUUCACUGCGCCUGGCAUUUCGAUCGUAGCAUCGCAAGCGUUCUUGCUGAAAGCCAUCACAGCCUGAGUAUUACACUUGGCCCGGUGUUUUCGGGGUACCUGAUUGAAACCAAGGAGGGUCAAUCUAUUUUACUCGUCGCCCAUCACCUAGUCGUUGAUCUCGUCUCCUGGACCGUGGUUCUAAAUGAUUUGGAGCAAGUCCUGCGAGGGGCUCAGAUUUCUGGUGCAUCAUCUACCUCCUUUCAAACAUGGUCAAAGCUUCUCGCUGAAUACCAGCGAGGCUUGCAAGGAGAGUCAGACCUUCCACCUACAGAUCCACUUCCCUGGAGGGGGCUGGAAAACUUCUGGGCUUUCGCCAUCGAGGACAACACCUAUGGCAACAGCGAAGAUAUAACCGCCGAGAUUGACCAGCGUACAACCGACUUGCUUCUGGGGGACACGAACAAGAGCUUCGGCACCCAACCGGUGGAACUCCUUCACGCUGCCAUAUUGUUUGCGUUCAUUCAGGCCUUUCCUGAUCGUCCCGCUCCAACCAUCUACUCUGAGGGUCAUGGUCGAGAACCGUGGGAUGCAUCCAUUGACCUAACCCGAACCGUUGGCUGGUUCACCACGAUGGCUCCAAUCAUGGUCAAAGCUAGUAGCAUGACCCAGUUUUCCGAUGUUGUCGGUCAAGUCAAAUCCGCUCGUCGGAGAUUGCACCGGAAUGGCUUGGAUACCUUCACUGCCCGUCAGCCAUCCAGUCCGAUGGAAAUAGUCUUCAACUACGGCGGACGCUACGCGCAGCAGCUGGUGAAAGACGGGUCUUGGUUCCAAGUGGAGUCUUUUGAUUCCGUGGGGAUCUUUGACAGGGCGCCUGAGGUGCGGCGGUGGGCGGUAGUGGAAAUCAACAGCAUUGUCCAGGAUGGCAAGCUUACUUUUAGUUUCACUCAUCCCCGAGGGAGACAUCAAUCUGGGAUUAUCACCGAGUGGGUUUCGAAUCUCAAGAAAGCAUUGGAAAGGUUGGCCACGGGGUUCUACUCAUCUAAUCAGGUCUACACUCCCAUGGACUUCCCAUUGCUGAACGCUGAUGAUGCGCGACUGCAGAGCGUUGUGGCCUCAGUCUCCAAGUUCAAAUUGCCCUCCCGAAUUGAAAAUGUUUACCCCUGCUCGCCGAUUCAACGGGGUAUAUUACUCAGCCAGGAGAAAAAUCCCUCUCAUUACCAUGUUGCUAUGGUGUGGGAGAUACACCCUGCCUCAGACGAGCCUCCAUCACUAGACAGGGCAAAGGCUGCCGUAGAGCAGGUAAUCUCCUGUCAUCCGAGUCUGCGCACUAUGUUUGUCAAGUCUGUCUCGGAGGACUCAGUAUAUGAUCAGGUUGUAAUGUCUGAGCCAUGGUCCCCGAUUGAAGAGUUCAUCGGUCAGGACAAAGCGAUGCAAAGCACUCGAUUGACACCGGAAUGUCCAAGCCGGUUUACAAUCCACAGUGCUUUGAAUAGAGUGUACCUUCGUCUUGAUAUCACUCAUGCACUGGUGGACGCUCACUCACUCAAUAUUAUCCAACGAGAUCUGCGUCUUGCAUACGAUGGCCAGAUGGGUCAGACCAAGGGCGCGGACUACGCGGACUUCCUCGCUUACCUGCAGACACUCGACAGCGAACAAGAUAGGUUGUUCUGGGAGAAGGAGCUAGAAGGGGCACAGCCGUGCCUAUUUCCAUCCCUGACCGACCACAAGCCAAGGGAGCUGGAUCAAAACAAGUCCUAUACGCAUGAAUUGCAGCAUCUCGAGCAGCUAUAUUCUUACUGCCGCUCGCACCAGGUUACUCCUGCGAACAUAUUCUGCCUCGCAUGGUCGCUGGUGCUUCGAGCAUAUGUCGGAUCAGACGACGUCUGCUUUGGCGUCCUUGCAUCUGGACGUGAGCUGCCCUUUGAUGGGGCUGCAGACGUUGUGGGCCCAUUGAUCAACAUGUUAACUUUUCGCCGCCACUUGAGCAGUGGAUCGACCGUAAGGGAGCUCCUUCAACACAUACACACGAAAUACCUGGCCUAUCUGCGUCACCAGACCUAUUCAACCGCCGACAUUUCACGUCGCAAAGGUGAGGCUACCCAGUUCAACACAGCCGUGUCAAUCCAGCGAAUCAUGCCAGCAGAUAAUGGGUCCUCAUCGACAACCUUGAACUUGGCCCAUCGGGAGGACCCAGCCGAAUAUGCGAUCGCAGUCAACAUAGACAUCGAACCGACACGUAUUGUUAUGCACCUACGCUACUGGCUGUCAGCACUCAGCGGUGAACAGGCCUCGCUAAUAUCCUCGGCCUUUGGGCACGCUGUGCAACAGAUCAUAACAAAUGAUCAUCUGGCUCCAACGGAGCUCGACUUACUAUCUGAACAGCAUCAGGGUCUCAUACAUCAAUGGAACAACACACUUCCGGCAUUUGACGAAACCCAUGUACAUGAAACUAUCCAGCAGCGAGUCGAGGCUACACCUGAUGCUGUUGCCGUCCGUUGGUCCAAGGGCAUGUUCACAUAUCGCGAGCUGAGCGCAAUAUCGGACCGCCUUUGUAUUCAUCUGACAUCACACGGGGUUGGAUCAGGCUCGCUGGUUCCUCUCUGUUUUGACAAAAGUCCCUGGACUGUAGUUGCCUUGCUUGCGGUUAUCAAGAGUCAUGCAGGGUUUGCCCUUUUUGACGUCACACAACCAGAUUCCCGCCUAGUGUCCAUUUCCAACGAUCUUCAGAGCAACAUUAUUCUUUGCUCUCGGGAUCAAGAGGCCCGAUGCAAGAAGCUGGGAAAGACUGUCAUUGUGGUGGGGGAGGGCCGCAAUAACUGGCACGCUGGUACCCCAAAUGGCAAGCCAAAAGUGGCAGAUAUGAGCUCGAGAAACCCGCUUUUCGUCGUCUAUACCUCCGGAUCAACGGGGAAGCCGAAGGGGGCUGUUAUUGAGCAUCGUUCAUUUUGUGCUUGUGCGUACCACCAAAUUCCGAUAUGGGGGAUGACACCAUCAGCGCGUAUGAUGCAGUUUGCCUCUUAUGCUUUUGACGCCAGUGUUUUUGAAAUCCUGUUUCCAUUGAUGAUCGGAGCGACGACAUGCAUACUCACCGAGGUAGAACGACGUGACUAUCUAGAAGUUACCAUGAAGCGCCUGCGGGUGACACAUGCCUUCCUCACUCCAUCUGUGGCGCGCCAAAUAUCGGCACCGGCGCUGCGGGAUUUGGAGGUCCUCGUAAGUGGUGGAGAGCCUCUCUCACAUAACGAUAUCGCCCAAUGGAGCGGCAAUGUUCGCUUUGUGCAGACCUAUGGCCCGGCAGAGUGCACUGUAUUUAGCACCAAUCAUCCCUAUCUGACCACGUCCUGUCGCCCAAGUGAUGUCGGCCGCCCCGUUGGUUGUGUAGUCUGGUUAGUAGACCACAACAAUACUGAACGCCUAGCUCCAGUCGGCGGUCUGGGGGAGAUACUCAUAGAAGGGCCUAUCGUGAGUAGAGGAUACAUCAACAAUCCCGCGGCCACUGACGCUGCAUUCAUACCACCGCCAGGGUGGCUCUAUGCGCUGCGUGAAGACCUAGACCCCACGGUCAGGUUGUACAAGACAGGCGAUCUUGCCCGGUACUAUCCUGAUGGCAGGAUUGACUUCCACGGUCGCAAGGACUCGCAGAUCAAGAUCCGCGGCCAGCGCAUUGAGCUUGGUGAGGUCGAGUUUCAGGUUAAGGCUUGCUUCCAGUCGGCUCGGGAUAUCGUCGUUGAUGUGGCGUACACUGGGCCCCAGCGGACUCCUGGUCUCUUCGCCUUUAUUUGGGUUGAUCGUGACAUGUCCUCGCUACAGUUGGACGCUACACCCAUCAUGGCUGCAGACGAAGAGUUCCAAGCACAGGCAGCCACAGCCUCCGCUACGGUCUUUGAACGCCUACCAGCUUACAUGGUACCGUCCUAUUUCAUCCCGCUCGCCACUCUGCCCAUGAACUCUUCCGGUAAGACAGAUCGCAAGUAUCUCAAGUCUUUGCUGGAUGAUAUGUCAGCGGACCAAUUGAACCACUACAGGCCCUUCGGCAAGAAGAAGACGGCGCAGUUGCCCUCGACACCCGGAGAAUGCCUUCUCCACCAGAUUUGGGCGUCUGUAUUGGGCCUAGACACCGAUCUUCUUGGCGUGGAUGACAAUUUCUUCCAAAUCGGCGGAGAUUCUGUCGCUGCAAUGAAGGUCGCGGCGGUGGCCCGCAGACAGGGGCUGGAGAUCUCGGUUGCUGAUAUCUUUGCCCGUCCCAGACUGUCGGAUUUGGCCGCUGCAGCUCAAAGGACGGAUAAUGUUGAACGCGUUGGUCCCACGGCCUUCUCCCUGUGCCCCCCUGACGCUCGCGACCUGCUACCUGCGUUACUGCACGCUCGCAAUACGCUGCCUCCGAAAACGACAAUUGCCGACAUCUUGCCGGUGUCGGCUGGCCAGGCCUUCUUUUUGAAACGGCCCACAUUGCACCAUUUCACCUUUGAUGUCGAAGGCGAUGUCAACGUCGAUCGAAUGCAGAAUGCCUGCGAGGCAGUAUAUCAAUGUUUUGACAUUCUCCGAACUAUAUUCAUUCAAUGGCGUGGCCAACUGCUGCAGCUCAUCCUCGCCAAUCGACCUGCUCCGUUCCAUCACAUAGUGACGGAUUCAGACCCCGUCGAGGCCAAUCGCGAGUUACGAGACUUAGACCGUAUCUCGGCCUCUCUAUAUGAUGACCAACCACCUUGCUCCUUUAUACUGAUUUCCCAUCGCGAUGGCACUCGACAUUCACUCAUAUUCCGGCUCUCCCACGCGCAAUGGGACGGCCUCUCGCUAGGAGAACUCUUCAGCGCCUUUGGUGACGCCUACCAUGGUCGAAUUCUACAGCCAGCAACAUCUCUGACAACAGUUGUCUAUGACCGGUUAAUGCGGGACAAGAGCAAGUCCGUAUCCUUCUGGAGAAAGUAUCUCCAAGGCGCAACAAUGAGUGCACUCGUCCCCCACGCCUCCGAUAAGACAGAUCUCAAACACGGCACGACAAUUUGGGAGAACACCAUUCUAAACCCCGCCCCGCACGCACCGCCCGGAAUAACGAUGGCGACCGUUGUCAAAGCCGCCUGGGCCCUAGUCAUCGCCGAAGAAACGGGCUCUCGCGACAUUGUCUUCGGUCAGACCGUCAACGGGCGUAGUUCUGCCCUUCCCAACAUCGAACGCAUCUUCGGGUGCUGUCUCAAUUUCACACCCGUGCGCGUCCGCCUCGCCGACGAAAACGGGUCAAUCUCCGAGCUCCUGCGAUACACUCAAGAGCAGUACCAGCAGACUGUGGCGCACGAUGAUAUGGACAUCAAAACAGUCAUUGACGAGUGCACGGAAUGGGGAGAGGAGACAUAUCUCAAUUCAAUCGUGCAGCACCAGAAUAUACCCCUGCACCAUAUGAUGCCACUGGAGGGUUUGAAGACGGAGUUCAGGCUACAGGGCUAUUUCAGGCCUGGGCGGGAGGUGGUCAUUUUUACGGAACCCGCCGGUGAUGUGCUCAGUGUUCAGUUUUGUGCGAAUCCUAAUGUGAUUUGUCUCGAGGAGGCGAAGAGGUUGCACGAGAGGUUGGUCGAGUUGAUUGUGCGGCUUUGUGAAGAGGGCAAUCAGUCUGUGGCUGUAGUGCUAAAGAGGUAAAUGCGUCUUAGAUGUUUAGGGGCCCAUGGGUCGUUCUGUUUAUGGUGGUUGCAGCGUUCCUAGUCAAGAUUUUCCUAAGGCGCUCCUGCUCCUCGCCAGUGGGGUCAAUGUUAACUACAUCCUGGUGUUGUCCGCGACCACAGAUGGAGAUGAGCACUCGAUCCAUCCCAAGUAUCAACCACAGAGACAUCCGGGCUCGUGGGAUACUGAGCAUAGAUCUACGUGAACCCGUUCUUUCCAUUGGGUGCUGUAUAUAGGAACGCGAUCAACCCCCUCCAGCUAGUAAAAUAGAACGAAUAGAUUCUAGCCGUCAACGCUGUCCCAAAUUCCACUUCCCAUUCCCCAAACUAGCUCCUUGACAGUCGAG